AUGGCGGAGACCGAAGAGUUGGCAGCGGCAGCCGGCCCAGGUGCAGAGCCGCGGCCGGUCCCGGCUUUUAGGAGCCGCGGUGCGAUGUCGGCCCGCGGCGAACGGGAUAGGCAGGUGGAGGUGGUGCAGCAAGCUCUGCUGGAUGUUCUGGGGCCCUAUGAGCCCCUGCUGAGCCGGGUGCAGGCGGCCCUGGUGUGGGAGCGCCCGGCCAGAAGUGCCCUGUGGUGCCUGGCUCUGAAUGCGGCUUUCUGGUUCUUUGCACUGACAUCCCUUCGUCUGGUGUUUUUACUUGCAUUCAGUUUGAUGAUAAUUGUAUGUAUAGAUCAGUGGAAGAACAAAAUCUGGCCUGAAAUGAAAGUGGCAAGACCCGACGCAUUAGACAAUGAGAGCUGGGGCUUUGUACACCCUCGGCUCCUUAGCAUGCCUGAGCUCUGCCACCAUGUAGCUGAAGGCUGGGUUAGUGGGACCACUUUCAUAAGGAAUCUCUUGCUUUUCAAAAAGCAAAACCCAGGCAAGUUCUGCCUGUUGAGCUGUGGUAUACUGACCUUUCUGGCUGUCCUGGGCCAAUACAUCCCUGGCCUCCUGCUCUCCUACUUACUCCUUCUUUCUGUCUUGCUGUGGCCACUUGCUGUGUAUCACAAACUGGGCCAUCGAUUGUACAUGAGACUUGAGCCUGCCCUGCAGCGGCUGGACUUCAGUGUCCAUGGUUAUAUGAUGUCCAGGCAAAGAGAAAGGCAGUUGCGGCGGGCCCGAGCUUUGCACCCUGAUCGUGCUGUGGAGGACAAUAGUGAUAGUGAAGAAGAGCUAGCUGCCUUCUGUCCUCAGUUGGAUGACUCCACUGUUGCUAGGGAAUUGGCCAUCACAGACUCAGAGCACUCAGAUGCUGAGGUCUCCUGCACAGAUAAUGGCACAUUCAAUCUUUCAAGGGGUCAGACACCACUAACUGAAGGAUCAGAAGAUCUGGAUGGUCAUAGUGACCCUGAGGAAUCAUUUGCUCGAGACCUUCCUGACUUCCCUUCCAUUAAUGUGGAUGCUACAGGCCUGGAUGAUGAGGAUGACACCAGCAUUGGGCUUCCUAGCCUUGCCUAUCGUUCCCCUCCAGGAGCCCAGGAGCCAACUUUGGGGCCAACCACCAGCCAAGAUGAGGCUGGUCUCCCUGAGCUUUUGCUCAGCACUUUGCCCACAGGAUCCAAUCUCACCAGCAAUCUUGCCAGCCUGGUCUCCCAAGGCAUGAUCCAGUUGGCCCUGUCAAGGGCCCAACAGCAGGCACCCCCUGCUGCCCCUCAAAGAGCCGCACGAGGUUUCCUAAGGGCCCCCAGCUCUGAUCUGGACACUGAUGCUGAAGGGGAUGACUUUGAACUGCUAGACCAAUCAGAGCUUAAUCAACUAGAUCCUUCAAGCUCUCGGAGCCACUGAGGCACAUCCUCUUUUGGGGAAUAGUUUAUGAUUUUGGUCUUUUUUCUCAUGUCCCACUGGAGAUGAAGGAGGCAGGGAAAGAAGAAUCCAGGUCCCACCUCCUGAAUUUAAUUGUCUAUGUACAUUGUUGGCUAGCCAUUUGGGCCCCUGCUUAGAGAAGAUACUACGCUGCCUCUAGGUGGACACCCAUUUGUGAGCUCAGAGUCAUAGAUGAUGGAGGCUAAACUCCUUAAGUGAAGCUCCUUCCAUCAGGACAAUACUUUCUUUGCUGGGAUCAAGGGAGUUUGAUGAACUAGCCCCUAGGGCCUCAUUGUCCCCCAAGUUUCUCCUUUAUGGGAUGAUGUUUGCUACAAGGUGUGGGUGCUCAGGGACCUUAUGUUAAACAACUGCCCAUCUUACCUCCCCUUCCCAUCUUUUUCCUUAAAGCCAAAGUGUGGAAUGGCUCUUAAUGCAGUGGGGUGGUGCUAGAGGCCCCUUGGGCCAGCUACAUGAACUGGGAAGGUUUCAUUGCUGUGUCUCUUAAUCAUGAUUUGUUUUUUCCUAGUAAGCUUGACCUUGGUUCUGCAGAACAGGCUUGUCCUACUACCACUUAUGGCCUUGCCUCCAGUGUCCAAAAAGACUGUUUUCAAGAAAGUGGGUCAGGGAAGGAAACCGUGGAGGUGGAGGAGUGGGUAGCAGGAUCUCUACUAAAAUUAAGGGUUGUACUGUGGAGGGUUCUGAGUUUGCUCCCCAGGUCUUCUCAGUUUCAUGUCAGCCUUUGGAGCUUCCUAGUUGUCUCUUUCCCUGCUAUUCCCUCACUUAAGCACUAACCUAAAUGAGCAAAGCAAUAGCCAUUUCUGAACUUCUUUCCUAUUCUUCCUCUUCCCUUCCCCCAGCCAUGUGUGAACAACUCUGUGGGGCUUGGCAAAGUAGCACUUUAAAUGGCCCAGUGGCAUUCAUUCAGUUCUUGCACCAGCUCUCUGAAUCCCAGCCAGCCUCUACAUUAUUUUGACUUCUCUGUAUUAGGGACUUUAUUCAAGGAUGAGUGCAAGUGGUAUGAGUAUUUUUCAGCUUGGAGCCCCUCUGAGAGGGCCUUUGCCAUACCAUAGCUCCUUUUUAAUCAUACAAGAGACAGAUAUAUACCAUACAACUUCUCUUUCCUUAGAGGAAAAAUCCUCAGAGACCACCAGACUCCCUGGGACUGCAUCUAGAAUCUUUUGCUUCACACAAGAGAGUAAAUCAUACACCUUUCCUCUGCACUAACCCCUUGCUGCUCCUCAGGGACCAUUCCUCCUACGCUCCCAGACUGACAGAUUUUGGACAGAGCCCAUUUCCAUGUGCUGCAAUUUGGGGUGUUUUUGUUUUGUUUUGUUUUUUUGUUCGAAGAAAGGGGGCAGUGAAUGAAAUAUUUGACUAAGGGGAGAAAAA